CCGCGAACAUUUUUGAGGUAUUUCCGCAGCGGAGGUGAAGAAAGCUGGUUCGGAGAGGACACCGAGAAGGAGGAACCGCAUACCCCAGACAAACGAUCCGCAUUGGCCAGACAAAGGACCCCUGCGCAGCCCUCCCAGCACAGAGCAAAAUGAAAAUCGUCUCGAUCGUCCUAUCCCUGCUGCUCCUAUUCUUCAUCAACCUGUUCUUCGUCAAGUCCAUAUACAAAAAUGAGCAAAGUUACAACGUGCCGCUCAAUGUCCUCUUCAGCAAGGGGAAGCACAUACGGAAGAGACUAUGCAAUGAGUGUUUUUUUAAAAAUGAAAUCAAUAUGAUUUAUAACAGUUGCCGUGCGUUGGAGAGUGUAAACUAUAAUAACUUUAACCGAAGCAAAAUUUUUUACUUUGUGAAAGAGUCUCCUAAGAUGCUGAAGAGAUACGUUAGCUUGAGAUCUGCUUCCACCCUUUCGGAGGUGUUUUCUGUUCGCUUCCUGACGACGUUCCUUUCGGAGAGGGCGUCUCUGCUGACGAACUGGUUCUACCUACUGGAGGGCACCUACAUAAAGAAUAAUAUCCUGCGCGGCUUGGUGGGCUUCUUCGGCACCCUCGUGCUGCGCUUCCUGGUGGUGUACCUCGUGCAGCUGGCCGCGUCGUUCUUCCUGUUCCACUACGUCAACAUGGUGUCGCAAAAGACGCAGGCGUACAUUUUAGAAGUGAGUGGGUCCAACUACGUCUCCAGGGUGAUCGGCUUCUUCCAACUGAACCUCGUGAAUUAUUACCUGAACGUGUCUGGCGAGUUUGUUCAGGCGAUCCUCAUACGAGCGCUCUUCAAUCAGUAUGAAGGGCACCUGGUCAAGACCAUCAUCUAUAACAGCUCGGAUUACUACAUAAACACCAAGCUGACGAAUAAGUAUGAGCUGCUGUACCAGUGCACCAAGAAGUUCGUGCUGACGCGCAUCAACAAGCUGAGUCUCUUCACCUUCAAUUACCUGCGCUACUUCGUGCUCACCAACUUGUUCUUUAAGAUUUCCGGCGGCACCUACAACAAAUUUUCGCCGAGCGACGUGAAGAUGCCGGGCGUGUACUCCAACCCGAGGAAGAGCCUGAACAAGGACAUGAAGUACGCCACCAAGAAGGAAAUACAAGUGCUGCGGAGCUUCUGCAAAGAAACGGGCUGCCACACAUGCGGAGUCAGUUGCCACGACAGGUUCAUAGGGGACCACCAACCACCUGUACAAGUCAUAAAGGAUAUGGUAGAUUAUUACAAAAAAAAAAAACUCCUUAGAUCUCUCCUCAAAUUUUUUAAGCUAUAUGAUACCAAGCAGAGGUUAUAUCCCCAGUGUGUCCGCUGCUCCCAGUUACAGUCAGCUUCUGUGCGGUGCAAAAAGCUGCGGCUCAUUCCGCACUACAAUACGGUUCGCCUUUUCCAUGCCUCCUCCGUUUUUCACUUGGCGCUCAAGAUGCUUCUUCUAACCCAGUGGAAUAAGAUAGUUUUUUGGGACGGUGACAAUGUGCGCUGA